AUGGAUAUAGAAGGACUGAAUAUGCUUGUUUGGGCACCUGAUGAUAAAGACGGAUUCGUUUUAUGCAAAAUUGUUGACAUCGGUUGCGAAUGGGUAACAUUACAACGACUGCAUGAAACGAAAACUGAAACGUUCCAAGCUUUUUACGAUAAUAUUUUCCCUGCCGGAGAAGAUAUCAGUCGAGAUGUCGAUGAUAACUGUUCAUUGAUUUACCUAAACGAUGGUUCCCUUUUGAAUAACUGUCGUUUGCGCUAUAAUCGCAAACAAUUUUACACUUACGUGGCUAAUAUACUGAUUGCGAUCAAUCCGUACGAGCAAAUUUCUUCUUUAUACGAUAUCGAAAUGGUGCACAAAUACAAAGGGAAGUCGUUAGGAAUUUUACCUCCACAUAUAUUUGCCAUUGCUGAUAACGCUUAUCGUGACAUGAUGAGUAAUCAUAAAUCACAAUCGGUCAUAAUAUCGGGAGAAUCCGGAGCAGGUAAAACUGAAUCUCAAAAGUAUAUAAUCCGAUUUUUAUGCGAAUCUUGGGGCCAUUUUGUGGGAACAAUUGAGCAGCGCAUUUUAGAAAUAAGUACAAUUUUGGAAUCAUUUGGAAAUGCAAAAACAUCAUGCAACAAUAACAGCAGUAGAUUUGGCAAAUUUGUUGAAAUACAUUUCAAUGAAAAGGGCAUUAUUGUGGGUGGCUUUGUUUCACAUUACUUAUUAGAACGUUCACGCCUUUGUGGACAAAAUGCAUGCGAAAGGAAUUAUCAUAUAUUUUAUCAAUUGAUUGCUGGUGCUGAUGAUCGAAUGGCAAAUAAACUGAAAUUAAAUAAAUUGGAAAAUUUCAAUUAUCUUAAUAAAGGAUGUAUACAAUUCUUUUUGAACAAAGAAAAUUCGAAUAAAAUAGUACCAGGAAGAAAAAAUUAUGAUUUGGAUGACAUGCGAGAUGAUUUGAUUGACGAUUACAACGAUUUCCAAAGACUGCUGGGUGCAUUUAGUCAAAUAAAUGUCUCAGAAGACAUUCGAGACGAAGUGUUCGAAAUAGUUGCCGCAGUUUUACAUCUCGGAAAUAUUGAAUUUUUAGAUGAAACAAUUGAUUACAAAAGUGGUUGUAAACUUACAAAAGGAAGCGAGAUAUAUUUGGUUAAUACAGCUGAAUUACUUGGUAUUGAAGUGAUCGAUCUGAGAAAGCAUCUUGUAACUCGAUUGAUGCAACCCACUAGAAGUGGAACUAAAGGGACACUUUAUGCAGUACCAUUGCGCGCCAGUGAAGCAAGUGCCGCCCGUGAUGCUCUCGCCAAAGCCAUCUACAGCAAUUUAUUUACUGCAAUCGUUAACAAAAUCGCAGAAUGCAUGCCAUUCCAUGAAAGUGCCUUUUCAAUCGGUGUAUUAGAUACAGCUGGUUUCGAAUCAUUGGAUGUAAAUUCUUAUGAGCAAUUUUGCAUAAACUAUUGUAAUGAAAAGUUGCAAAAUUUUUUCAAUGAGCGAAUUUUGAUGGAUGAGCAAAAUUUAUACUGCAAAGAGCAAUUGCACUGUGAUACUAUUGAAUUCAAUGAUAACAAAGAUUGCAUUGAAUUAUUUGAACAAAAGGUAUACGGCAUCUUUGAAUUAUUGGACAAUGAAUCACGUUUGCCACGUUCCUCAACGCAACAUUUCACGAGAGCAGUGCAUGAAGCCCAUAUUUGUCAUCCUUGUCUAAUGGUACCGCAGUCAUCACGUCGUCAUCGGACGAUGCGUGACGAUGAAGGUUUUAUCAUUUGCCAUUAUGCGGCUGAUGUUUGUUAUGAUACCGCUCAGUUCCUUAAUAAGAAUAAUGAUACUUUACAUGCAUCACUGCAGUGUCUCAUGCAGCAGAGCAGGAAAAGCUUAGUGUAUGAACUGUUUGCUGAUAACAAAUUUUCAAACACCGACAGAAGAGAUGUAUCGCAGAGCAAAUUGGUGAAUGCUUCGGUUGGAAACAAAUUUCGCUCACAACUUGAUAUUUUGCUAUCGAAAUUACGUGAAACGGGAACUCAUUUUGUACGAUGCAUCAAGCCGAAUUCAGAAAUGAAAUCUAAUCAAUUUGAUGGUGCACAAAUUUUAUUACAACUGAAGUGCUCUGGAAUGUCCAGCGCGCUAAAAGUUAUGCAGCGAGGAUUUCCAUCAAGAAUAUCUUACCUCUCACUAUAUAAUAUAUAUCAAAAACAUUUACCAAGCAGACUUAUGACGCUCGAUGCUCAAUUACUUUGCAAGUGCCUAUUUCGAGUAGUUGGCUUGGAAGAGAAAGAUUACAAAUUUGGUCUCACCAAAGCAUUUUUCCGACACGGAAAAUUUGCUGAGUUUGACAAGAUACUACAUAUAAAUAAAGAAAGUAUUGAAAACUUGAUUGAACGUAUGUCGUCUUGGUUGUAUCGCUUUCGAUUCCGAAGAACACAGUUUGCAGUUAUAUGCUUAGUCAAAGUAGAUAGAUUGUUGACAUACAGGGCAAAGUGCCGCAUCAAAAUUCAGAGCGCUGUUCGUACUUAUAUACUGCAAAAGUUAUAUCGGCCAAGGAUAAAUGCUUUAUCAACCUUAUCGGCAUUGUUAGAAAGCAUAAAUGGUAUGUAUCCUUUAAUUAAUAAACUGAGCGAAACGGAUUUAUGCAAAUGGACAACUUUUAUUGUCGCUUUGAAAGAGGAUAUUAAAAGACUCAAAAAUGAAAUGAAGGCAAAAUUAUUUGAGCUAAAGUUGAAUCUGAUUUUUCUUCAUUAUGAGCGUGUAUUACUAUCAUUUUUACAUAUCACAUCUUCAACUGAUAAAGAAAUACUCCGUCAAUGUGAUGCAUUGGUGAACGAUGCGAAAGAAAAGUUAAAAUGUUUGAGACAACAAGUUGCUACUGGUGGGCUAUUGGAAUUGCAGGUGGAGUGUGAAAAUUUUGAAGUGGAACAACAAAGUCAACUUAAAAAUGAGUUCAAUCAGCAAAUUAAAGAGGAGGCACAAGGAACUCAACAGAUGACAAAGAGUUUAGAUGAAUCAUUGGAACGUAAAGUUAUUAUGACUACCAAGGAAAAGGGUCAACUGCUAGAAAAUAGCCAUAUUAUUCAAGUAUGUGAUUUGUCCAAAUGGUAUUAUAUUAAUAUCAGAAAUGGUAUCAAUUCCAGUGAUCCGAAACUGUCAUCAGCAUGCAGAAAUGAAUAUUACCGUCGUAUGAGAGCUUAUAGUGAAUGGAAAGAGCGAAAUUUGGCUUUCAAAGAGUUAACCUACAUGACAGAAAGAAAUGGAAACAAAGAAGACGAAGAUCAUGAGAUCUCAUCAGAUCGAUAUUUUCGAAUUGUUGCUUCUCGCCUUACAAAUCGAGAAAAAAAUUUAUUCGGGAUUAUGGGGAAAAGUCAUUUUACAGUUUGGUAUGGUCAUUUCAAGAAUGAGUUCAUCUACCGCCAAAUAGAAAUUUCGCCCAAAAAGUCUCCAAUUUUAAAUGUAGCCGGACAAAAUAAUAAAAAUAUGUGCAAAUUAUCGUUGAAAAAGACGACUUUAAGUAAACGUAAAGGUGUCGAAAUCAGCGCUGCACGUUUCGAUCGAAUAUGGAUGGGAAAUGGCGGAGAUCCACAUUUAUGUUCUUCUGAAAUUAUAUGA